CGCCGCCGCCCCUUCCGGAGCCUUCACCGCCUCCACCUCCGCAGCCCUCGCCACCGCCGCCUCCACAGCCGUCGCCACCAGAGCCCUCGCCGCCGCCCCUUCCGGAGCCGUCGGGGGAGCCUCCGCCGCCCCCGCCCCCACCGCCUCCGUCGCCGCCUCCGCCUCCGUCGGCUGCCAGGCCCGCGCCUCCGCCGCCUUCAUCUGCCGCACCGUCGCCGUCGCCGUCCGCCAAGCCCGUGCCUCCUCCUCCGUCGGCCUCGCCGUCGCCGUCCGCCAAGCCCGUGCCUCCUCCUCCGUCGGCCUCGCCGUCGCCGUCCGCCAAGCCCGUGCCUCCUCCUCCGUCGGCCUCGCCGUCGCCGUCCGCCAAGCCCGUGCCUCCUCCUCCGUCGGCCUCGCCGUCGCCGUCCGCCAAGCCCGUGCUCCUUCCGACCGUCCAUCCGUCCGACCGUCCGUCCACUCCGCCGCCGCCGUCGCUGUCGCCCUCGCCGCCGCCGCCGGCCCCGCCGCCACCGGCCCCUCCGCCGCCUCCGCCUCCGUCUGCCUCCGGCGCCGGGGCGAGCAACACCUGCUGGCGGCCGAUCCCCGAGUACGACGGCAAGGGGAUGACCUACGAGAUGGACCACGUCGCGCCCUUCCUGCGCUUCGCCACCUCCGCCACCCUCACCAUGACCACCAUGCCGGACAUGGCUCUCGCGCCCGGCCCGAGUUAUGACUACGUCGCCGAGGCGGACGCCGUGAUAGCAAACAUGGCCACGGUGGACACGGCCGGCGAGCUGGACGAGAUCCGCUUCUUCGACGGCAAGCUGAACGUCGCGCUCGGCCUCAUCGGCACGCUGCUGCUCGGGUACGGCCAGUCGAUCGAGGAGAUCAUGCUUCACUCGUUUGGCGAGACGUCGGCGGUGCACGAUGCCGGCGUGGCGGUCUGGAAGAACAAGCUUCUCAACAGCCGCAUCCGGCCCACGACGGUCAUCCACGAGCUCUACCCCGACGACAGCCUCCGGCUGAACGACAACAUGACCGUGCGUGGCAAGCACUUCCAGACCAUCGUCCGCACCAUGUCGCACUCCGAGUAUCCGAGCGGCUCCGCCGCCGUCUGCGCCGCCAUCCGCGACUUCGUCGAUGCCCUCUGGCCGCACCUCACCCUCACGAUGCAGGGGGACGAAGUCAGCUACUCCGACGCCCCCUUCGUGAUACUGCCAAACACCGCGAUGGCCACCGUUCCGCUCACCGGCGCCGUCAACCCGGCGCCGGGCGGCCUCUCCGCGGCGGCCAUCGCCGAGCGGUGCGGUGCCACGCGCGAGCUCGGCGGGAUGCACUUCAGUCAGUCGGUGCCCGCGGGUCGGAAGCUGGCGGCCGGGAUGGGGGCGGAGGCGGCGGCGACUCUCCUCUCUUUGCUGGGUCCGAGGGAGGGGAGCGUGCGGCAGGCGCUCGGCGGGUCUGCGCCUUGCGCCGCGGAUUGCUGCGCGGCAGCGGUGGAGUGCAACGCCACGGCGCAGGCGAUCUGCAAGGCGCGGUGCGCAGGCAGGUGGGACACGCCGUGGUUUGACGUGGUGCUAGCGCGGGUGGGGGCGCUGGGGGCGCCGAGCCGUGAAGCGGCUACUGAGGCUCCGUUCUUCCAAGCGGAUCGCAACCACAUCAUGAUCAUCGGCGCCAUGGCGGGCCUUGUCCCCGCCAUCACCGACGGCUACGCCUUCUCCUUCCAGACGCGCUUCACCAACCUGGUCGACCAGCUGGUCUGGAACGCGUUUGCUUCCAACUCGGAGCGCCUGCAGGCCCUCCUCUUCGGCGACGCCACGCACCGCGGCGUCGAGCCGCUGGUGAGGUCCGGACACACCUCCACCGACGCAAAGGUCGUGACCGCCAUCCACGCGAUCGCCGCCGCCCUCCCCUUCUUCCUGCCCGAGGCGGCCGGCGCCUUCUGCGCCGCCCCGGCCCCGUGCUUUCUGCUACGGCCGACCAUCGGGCUUGAGCCCGGCCUGAUUAGAAAGGGGCAACCCUUGGGCGGCUUCCCGGGGGGGCCCAGGGGGGAUUUUGCCCCGGGGGGAAGAAAAGGGGCCUUUUUUCCCCCCAAGAAGGAGGAGAGGACGCGCCGGGCCCGAGCGGGCUCGGGCAGGUCGUCGCGUUCCAGCUGCUGUGGCACCGGCUGCGCGACGGGUGGAACUCAAUGGGCCUCGACGGCGGGUGCGAGGGCGGGCCCGCGUACUGCUUGCCGUACGCAGAGGGACGCCCGCAGUACAACCCGCAGGUUGGGGACUGCCUCGAGGAGGAGCUACCGGCCUCGCGGUUAUGAAAACCGGGCGGGAGUGUGUGCAUUUCAUAUGAGGAGGCGUGUGCACGGGGGCGUGCCCCCGGAGCACCGCUCCCGUGCGCUGUCAGCCGUACGCAGAGGGACGCCCGCAGUACAACCCGCAGGUUGGGGACUGCCUCGAGGAGGAGCUACCGGCCUCGCGGUUAUGAAAACCGGGCGGGAGUGUGCAUUUCAUAUGAGGAGGCGUGUGCACGGGGGCGUGCCCCCGGAGCACCGCUCCCGUGCGCUGUCAUAUGAGAACGCGUGCACGGGGCAUGCCCCCGGAGCACACUUCCGGUGUCGGGAGGGGGGCCGCGCACGGGAGCCGGGAGUGCGUUCCCGCACCGGGGCUGCGUUCCCAUGAGCUGGCCACACCUUCCUGCGCCACUCAGCGGCCUUUCUUUGAAAUGUGGGGCGGGAUCCCCUUUUGCC